CCCUCCCACGCCUCCAGCUAUAAAUACCGCCCCCUCCUUCCUCCUCUCCUCCCCACGCACACCCCGCUGCUUCCGAUCAAAUCGAUCCCCAAAUUCCCCGAUCCCCGCAGCCGCUCCUGCGACUCGUAGGUCUCGUCAAGUCGGCGGCGACGACUUUGAUCUCUAUUCAAGAUGCAGAUCUUUGUGAAGACUCUCACUGGCAAGACCAUAACCCUUGAGGUUGAGUCCUCGGAUACCAUUGACAAUGUAAAGGCCAAGAUCCAGGACAAGGAGGGAAUCCCACCGGACCAGCAGCGUCUCAUCUUCGCUGGCAAGCAGCUUGAAGAUGGGCGCACGCUUGCUGACUACAACAUCCAGAAGGAAUCCACCCUCCACCUUGUCCUCCGCCUCCGGGGAGGCAUGCAAAUCUUUGUCAAGACCUUGACUGGCAAGACUAUCACCCUUGAGGUUGAGUCUUCUGAUACUAUUGACAACGUUAAGGCAAAGAUCCAGGACAAGGAAGGGAUUCCCCCGGACCAGCAGCGUCUGAUCUUUGCUGGCAAGCAGCUCGAGGAUGGUAGGACCCUUGCUGACUACAACAUCCAGAAGGAGUCCACCCUUCACCUUGUUCUCCGCCUAAGGGGAGGAAUGCAGAUCUUCGUGAAGACCCUUACUGGCAAGACCAUUACGCUUGAGGUUGAGUCAUCAGACACGAUCGACAACGUGAAGGCGAAGAUCCAGGACAAGGAGGGCAUUCCCCCAGAUCAGCAGCGUCUUAUUUUUGCCGGCAAGCAGCUGGAGGAUGGCAGGACCCUCGCUGACUACAACAUCCAGAAGGAGUCCACCCUUCACCUUGUUCUGCGCCUAAGGGGUGGAAUGCAGAUUUUCGUCAAGACUCUCACUGGCAAGACUAUUACCCUGGAGGUUGAGAGCUCAGACACCAUUGACAACGUGAAGGCGAAGAUCCAGGAUAAGGAGGGCAUCCCCCCGGACCAGCAGAGACUCAUCUUCGCUGGUAAGCAGCUGGAGGAUGGCCGCACCCUUGCCGACUACAACAUUCAGAAGGAGUCUACCCUACACUUGGUGCUCCGCCUCAGGGGUGGUAUGCAGAUCUUCGUCAAGACUCUUACUGGCAAGACCAUUACUCUGGAGGUUGAGAGCUCCGAUACCAUCGACAAUGUGAAGGCUAAGAUCCAGGACAAGGAAGGUAUUCCCCCAGACCAGCAGCGCCUGAUCUUCGCCGGCAAGCAGCUGGAAGAUGGCCGUACCCUCGCCGACUACAACAUUCAGAAGGAGUCUACCCUCCACCUGGUGCUCCGCCUCAGGGGUGGUCAGUAAUCAUUGAUUGAUGGAAUUGCUGCUGUACUGUUAUCCUGUGUCUGCAUUAUCCUCGUGAAAACUUUAUUUGUGCUGUUAGUGGACCAUCGAGUCCGUUUAAAUGUGCUGUACUGCUGUCCGAACAUUUGCUGGGUCAUAGCAGUUUAAACUAAUUAAUAAGUAAACUAUUAAUCUGCGUUGCUAAAUUUGCUUAUA